ACAACAGAUACAACAAAGCAUAAAUAUAGUGCUGAAACUUCCUCUGCUCAGUACACAGAUAAGUACAGUAAUGUGAAUACUAUAUUUAUGCAUUAACCUACAUAAAUAUUUCUGUUAUUAGAGUUUCGAACGAUAACUGGCACUUAAUUUAAAAGUUGUUUUUCUGAAUGGCACAUUCUGUUAUCAUGCGUUUUUUCUCGGGGCAGUAGGGUAGGAUUUAAAUACGUAAAAUAGGAUUCACUAUCUACGAAUGUCUCUUUCGGAUAAGGCUUCCAGAGCGAGCGAAAAGAGCAAUUUAACAUGGACUCGCACUGAACCUCUUUUCCAGCUCAGUCCAAAUUCACCAUCAGACACAUCUUUCGGUGGAAAAAAUGAAGUAUCCGCCUUUGAAUCGGAUUUUAUCGAAAGUAUUUCGGAUCGUUUACAACGGGUCUAUGGCUUGCCAUAUGGAAAAGUCACUAAAAAAGUGUAUGAACUGAUUUUGCGAAAACAAUAUGAAAAGGUUAUCAGCAUUCUCAACGAAAUCUGUUGCUUUGAUGACCGGACAUUUUCGGCUGGAAAGUUUUGCGCACUAUUAGGAUUCUGCUAUUAUCAGACGAAAAACUACCGAAGUGCCAGCGAAUGCUAUGGGCGCUUGUGGAACAACGACCAGCAGAAUCCCAGUCACGGACUUUGGCUGGCACACUGCUAUGUUCUUUGCGAUCGAUUCCAGGAAGCAUUACAUGUUUUGGAUUCAAUUACCAGUGACAAUCUACUGGCCGAGAUAAGAGUGCUGCGAGCCGCAAUCUUCGUAAAAUUACAACAGCUAGAUGACGCAACUGAUUUAUUUAAUGAGUACGGAGAAGAAAAGUCAAACGACUUCAACUUUGGCAUUUUGUUGUAUAAUAAACAAAAAUUCCAUCAAGCGCGCGUGGUUUUUGAUAAUGUGGAGCUGACUCAAGGGUCAACAGCCGACUGCCAGUAUGCACAAGCGUUAUGCUCUUUCAAACUACAGGAUUAUGCUACCGCGCAGGAGUUAUGUUCCGAACUGCGCGAAGCCCUUGACGUGCCGCAUGCACCUUUAGAAGUGUCAUCCAAUCGUCUCAUUUGUUCAAACCAGGAAAGCUCAAUGCCGGCGAAAUUCUGUGCAGGCAUCGCAACACUGCUUUCGGGAUGUUACCUGCAAGUUAAUCAGCGGCGUUCCGCCAGUUCAUAUUUAAUAUCCAUAUCCACUAACGGAGGAUCCAGUGAAGCAGAAUUCUAUUGCAAAGCAUCGCAAACAUAUAUAGCAGCUGCAUCUGGUGACAGCGACUUUCAUACGCUUGAAGCUCUGGUGCAAUCAGAAAACCAUGCCGGAUGUGCUGUCCAUCGUAACCUGCUGCUGUUGUAUUUGGAAAACAACAAAAGAGUGGAAGCCAGAAAUUUGAUUGAAAGUUUCGGUGACCAGUUACGGUGCGAGUUUGAUCAAGAGUACGAAUGGCCAAUCGUUCAAGCAGUUCUCUUGGGUCUGGAGAAUCCGUUAGCGUCUUCGUCGGUUUCGCUGGAUAUGCAGACAAGCAUCGCUAAAGAUAUCGCUUAUUAUCAAGAAGAGCUCCGAAAUCUCCAGUCGAUGCAGCAGCAAGACGGCGACUCACCGAGCGACACUGGGAAAUACGAAAAAAAGCUACAAAAAGCCGAACAAGCGCUUCGCACCAUUCAAUUGUACAUCGCAAAGUUAUACUACGACCACAAAAAUUAUUCCCAAGCUAUCCACGUUUUACCAAGGGAUACCAAUGUGGACAAUAUCGACACAACAACGGCCAUGGCACAUUGUUUGUUUAUGGAUGGACGCUACGAAGAUGCUGUUGUUAUAUAUGACAGCUUGAUCGCCCAUUUCCGCAACGCCUAUUUUACACUAAUUAGCACGCCUGUGGACAUUGUUUCCCAUUACUGUGCCUCACAACUCUUCAGCAUAGAAGAUGUCGCAAAAAUUAAAGAGAUCAUUGGGGAAAUCAUUCGCUCGGAGAAGGUUAAUUUCGAGGAUAUGGAGUCGGAGUAUCGGGAAAUUGCUGCUGCAAGAAGUCACCUGAUUGCCACGUGUCUGAAUCUGGCCGUGACCUUUCUGGAAAAUGGCAACUACGGCGAGGCUUUACAAAAGGCUGAAGAGGUGCUGCGACUGCAGCCAUGGCAUAAGGAUUUCACUGUCUGGGACAUGUUAAAGAAAGUGAUUGUGCUAAUCGCAAGAAACGUAAUAUCAGAAAGUUCCAGAGGAGACGGACUUAUUUGGAACGCGAUUGUUAGCCAUUUAUAUGCAUUGGAAGAGCAAGUUCAAUCCAGUGGAGUAGAGGACGACGAGCACAGUAACAUAAAAAGGAAUGAAAUGCUUCCGAUGUUAAAAUUACAAAAAGAGGUCCGAGAUGUUCGGUUGGUGUGUCAAACAGUUAUUUGUGAAUUUGCCGGAGUGAAUUCCCAAUCCAGUUCGGACAGAAAGCACAAGAGAAACUUCAGUCGAGACUUGUUUACGGACUUAACCAGAAUCGUAACCACUUUCGGUCACCAAAAAAGUUAAAUGUAACCGCGAUGAACUUAAACAAUGGCAUUAAAAUUUUGCACCUUCGUUUUUCGCGGCAUGGACUUAUUUCCUUAACCGGCUCGGAUCCUUCGCAAAUUGUUUGCUUUAUUUGAUU